GUCGCCAUUAAAUGUGCAAUCAAACAUCCUGAAGAUGAACUCAUCACUAUCCCCGGACAGACCCAUAUGCUGCCUCUGGAGGUGGCGUUAAUGGAGCUGGUGUCCAGGCCUCCUCUCUGUGAGAAUGUGGUGGAGCUGCUGGACUGGUUUGACUCGUCCACUUUCUACAUCUUGGUGGUGGAGCGACCCAACCCCUGCAUGCACCUCCAUGAAUUUUGCAAACUUCACAACAGUCGAUUGCCUGAAUCAGUGGCUCAGAAGGUCAUGCAGCAGGUGGUUCGAGUUGCACUUCACUGCUGUGAACACAGAGUUCUUCACUAUGAUUUCAAACAGGAUCUCCUGAUCAAUCCAGACACACUGGAUGUGAAGUUGGUUGACUUUGGCUGUGGUGAGCUGAUGACAGACGAACUGUUUACAGACUUCACAGCAAAUCCAGCAUGCUCUCCUCCUGAGUGCAUACAGAACAGUAAGAACUUUGGAUUUUUUCCUAUUAUCUGGGGUCUGGGCAUUCUCCUGUAUGAGUUGGUCUGUGGAGAGUUGCCCUUUGCCAAUGAAGUGGACCUUGUUAAGGGGCAUCUGUCAUUCGUUCCUGGUCUGUCUGAUGAGUGCUGCAACCUGAUACAGCGGUGCCUGAACCAAGACCCUAAAUGUCAACCAACUCUAAAGGAAAUCCUGAACCACAAGUGGUUUAAGGAGCAUCUUCAGGAUACAGCCAUGUUGGUGAUAGAAGGAGGUGAUGAACAUCCAUGUGGGACAGGGGAGUCAAAUGUCCUGCAGUUGGAUGAGAGAUUUUCUUCUGCUGAUGACCCUGUGGAGGCCAGCUCAAGUGUCUCUGAGAUUCAUGAUGUGGAUCUUAAAAAGUUUCACCCUUCACAACACAAUACGCCUACCCACCCUUUCGUCCCAGGUGAUACAGUGCUGGUGAAAAUUUUAAAUCCCAGGGAGGUGGGAGACGCCGUCUACAGUACACCCACAACAGUAAUCGCUGUGACUCGCACAGCUGUACUCACAGACUCGCAGCCGCAGUGGAUUCACACCAGCUGUGUGAAGAAGGCACCGCAGACAACUUUAACUACUUGA